AUCUCCGUGACGUCACACAGCUAGCGGCGGGCGGGGAUUGGGCGGGACAUCCCUUCUUCCAGCAUCCGGGGCUCGCCGCCCGCGGUGCUUCCAGCUGCACAGACCCUGGCAGGGAGCGGGAGAGAUCCGGGCGGGCGGCAAGCGACGGCGCCGUGGAGAUGGAAGGAGCAGAUGGGGCUGCUGUCCCCCCCAACUCGGCGGAUCGCUCCCACCGAAGCAGCAUCUCCUCCAUGUGUGCCCGAUCUCUGGAUGUCCUGGUAUAUCUGAUCGAUGACACUGCGGUGCAGCUGAGUGUGGACAAUCUGAUGUCUGUCACUGUGCAUGAGCUACAUCGCAUCGUCCGGGAUGCCCUGCAGCUUCCUGAGUGUGCCAUGGAAGUCUUCUCCCUGUGGCUCAUCUCUCCCUUGCUUGAGGUGCAGCUGAAGCCGAAGCACCAGCCAUACAAGGUGUGCCGCCAGUGGCAGGAGCUGCUCUUGCGUUUCACUGAUUGUCGGGAGGAUGAGAUCAUGCAGGAUGAGCCUUCCCUACAGUUCAGAAGGAACGUGUUUUUUUCGAAGAGACGGGAGCUGCAGAUCGAAAACGAGGCUGUCCUGCGGCUGCUCUACGAAGAGGCCAAGUUCAACAUCCUGGAGGGACGCUACCCGUGUGACAUGGAGGACUGCGAGCAGUUGGGGGCCCUGGUCUGCAGGCUGCAGCUGGGUCCCUAUGACCAGGACCAGCAUACGGCCUGUGCCUUGAAGGAGAAUCUGGAGACCUUCCUGCCUGCUCACCUGUGCCGGCGGGGGCACAGCCUGCUGACGGCGCUGUGGAAGCGGGGGGCCAAGCAGCCGGCCUACGAGCAGGGGCUGCUCCAGGCCUACCAAGCAGUGCGGGAGGAGGCAGCCUGUGAAGAGCCUGAGGCUCUGCGCCAGCACUACCGGGCCUAUCUGCAGAGGUGCCACCAGCUGCCGUACUAUGGCUGUGCUUUCUUCUAUGGGGAGAUUGACAAGCCAGCCCAGGGCUUCCUGCACCGGGGAGGACGCAAGGCAGUGUUGGUUGCCAUCAGCUUGGAGGGUGUGUACGUCAUGGACAGCAAGGAGAAGCAUGUCUUGCUGGGCCUGCGGUUCCAGGAGCUCUCAUGGGACCACACGUACCCCGAUGAGGAGGAGGAGCACAUUCUCUGGCUGGAGUUCGAUGGGGAAAACGAAGGGACCCUGGUCAACAAGCUGCUGAAGAUUUACUCCAAGCAGGCAGAGCUGAUGAGCGGCCUUAUCGAGUACUGCCUGGAGCUGAGCGCAGGAACGGAGGCAUCGGCCCCAGAGAACAGCAACCUCCAGAGCCCCACGCUGCCAUCUCUGGCCAGCAAGCAGCGCCCCAAGCUGCGGCGGCAGAACAGCGUGGUCUGCAGCCGCAUCCAGCACCUCGCCACCAUAGACUACAUUGAGGACGGUAAAGAGAUCAAGCGUGUGAAACCCAAGCGGACAGCCUCCUUCUUCACCCGCCAGUUCUCGCACGGCUCUACCUCCUACUCCGCUGUGCAGACUCCAACGGAAAGCCUGGAGCAGGGCUGAGUGCCAUCUUCGCCGGUGCACAGGGAGCAAUGGACCGAUCCAUCUAGGGGCAUGCCCUGUGCCCAGCACACUGGCUCUCCUCUGGGCUAGGAGCCUCUCUAAGUUAUUCUGUGUUAAUUUAUACCAGUGGGAUCCCAGCUUGCUGCAUCGAAAGUCCUGUCUAGUCCCUCUUUUGCAGACAUUCCAGCCUAGGCCCUUCGGUGCUGGGGCUCCUCUGGUUAUGUUGCUUUGAGUGUUCUUUGUGGGCACUGACACCCCCUCCUUACCCCUGGUGGUGGAAGCCUCCCAGUGUGGUUCUACUGUACCUGUGCUGGCACAACACCAUUGAUUUCAGUUGGCACUGAUGUAAAUGAAGGGAAGAGCAGCCAUGCCACCUCGCUGAGCCAGUGUUGCGCUGAGAUAAUCUUGCCCACCCCUCUGCGCUCCUAGGCCUCUGAGAGCUGUCCUGAUGGCGAGCAUGCUCUGCAUCGUUCCUGCCCCAGAGCUCUGUGUCUUUCCCCCGGGGCGAAGCGUCCCGUCGGCACAGGCUUCACGGAGUGCAGGGCCAGAACCUGCCUGCAUGUGCCCAUCAGUGCAGCGCGUCAGGGUCCCGCAGCACCUCGCUAGUCCUGAGUGGGGAAACUCUCCUGUCCCUGAAUGUUACCUCCCCUUGAGGAGAGGGAUUCGUCCGGUCUCCCGCGCAGGGCGUUGGUCCAUUCCCCAUUUGGUAGAAUGUUGAAGUGUCUUGGCUAUAUCCCCUAGUGGGUCAUUCCAUUUUCAAACCUGUGCGGGAGUAGGGCAAGGAAGGGGUGUAGCGAUUCCGACAUAACCCCGCCUGCAUUUCUGCGUGAACUGAGUGCGUAGCAGCUUUAAGACCUUUUGCAAUUCAGCUGGGUGAGUCUGAUUUCAAAGCUGGCCUCGCCUCUGGUCCAUAGCUAAUUCAGUCCAGGAGAGGUAGGCAUGAGGUGUUCAGUGAAGCGAAGCGGGGAAGAUUGCUUUGCUGCCGAUGCUUCACUAAGAAACAAGCCUCCUGUCUGGGCCGAUUGGCUCAAGACAUCUCACUAGCCCUAAAAAUCCCUUCCUGGCUUCUACAUCUACUUCCUGCCCCAGGAACUUGGCCCACUUUUUGGAGGUGUUUGUACGUUAGGCUUAUAAGUAUCACCCUUUCUGUUGAUGGGAUAUUUUUCUUGGACAAGUGAGUUGCUGGUGCAGGAAAUGGGUGACUCCUCCACAUGAAUCUUUGUUCAUCUGUGAAGAAGACACACUGGGGUAUUAAUACAAAGGAUCAGUAAUUGACUGCAGCAGGUUUCCUCGCUGGUUGUGCAGCUGUUGGAAGGAACAAGCUCCUUGCCUUUCUGAGGUUGAUGGUUGGUCUAUUUCAAGUUGGGUGUGGUGACAUGCCAGGAGUCCAAACUGCUUUGCCUUAUCCAUUCAGUGCAGAUAGGCUAUUUUGAACAACUCGGCCUGUGUCUUGGUUUGGACAUGAGCCAAAGGGGUUUAAAUACACCAGCCCUGUUAACUUUAACAAGAGCUGGGCAUCUAAAUCUCUUGCUUCAUUUUUGAAAAUCUUAGCCUUAAAACCCCAGCACUGCACGCUUUCCUGUAAGUGCUUUAUUUCCCUAGUGGGGAAGAGCUCUAGUGGGUGCUUCUUAAAUGACAGUGUUGCUUGUUAAUCCCCAACCCCCUUUUUAAAUCUGCUCUGUUCAAUCUAAGGUGGGUGGAGACAUCCUUUCAAUAUGGAAAAAAACCUUUCAGGGUGGGGUGUUUAAAGGGACAGAGGGAAUUUAGUCUCUGAACUCCAGUUGAAUUUCACUGGGAAUUGGGUGCUGAUUGGAAACCGUAGCCUUAACCGCAGUGCUGUUUGGAGAGUGGGAAGCAAGCUGGGUGUGUGAAAGUGGAGUAAGUCAAUUUCCCCAUCCACACAAACCCUUGGUAACUGGCAGUGGCUUUGUGUGCUUGGGAAAUCUGGGGGAGGAGGGACAUCACCCAGGAGUACUGAGAAUCUUAAGCUAUACAGACCUGCCAGCCACACACCUCAGCUGCACAAGCAUAGCACAUGUUCCUGGGCUCCCCAGUCUCCAUAAUGCACGUUCCCUUGGAAAUCUGUCUCCUACGUCAGCGAAGGUUUUCCAGGGAUUGUACCACGACCGUUUGCUUGUCUCCUUCUCAACACACCCCACCAGGGAACCAGGUGUUCCUGCUCGUGGAUUGACUCUGGAUGGCAGUUCAUUCCCCUGCGCUGCCUAGACAGGGUAAACGGCCAUAAGCUAUAGAUCUAAACUGCUCAGCCCGUGUUAGCAGCACUGGUGCCAAAAAAAGCUUUGCAUUCUUCCCCCGGGGGUUGGCAGCUGAGCACAUGGUGCAAUCGGGGUGAGGCUGGCAUUUUGAGCUCAGUGUCUUAGAUUUCCAAAGGGUUUCAGGCACCCAACUCGCAUUGAAUUUCAAUUGGAUUCCCCUGCACUCCUUUGAGGAAAAAGCACUAGUCCCCAUCUGUUGGUUUUGAGCACUUGUCAAUGCCAGUCCGUCUUCCAAACUGAUCAGCAAUCGGACUGCUUGGAGGGGGAGACUAUCAGUGCCUAACGGGCUGAAGUGUUCAUCUCCGGUUUCUCUUGGAUUUCCAGGUGGUCUUGUCCUCAGUUCCUUCAGGCCCUCGUGGCAUUGCAGAGUCGCUAAGCGCAGAUGUUGCUGAUCCAGUGACAGCAGGAGAGGGAGGCGUAGGCAGACUUUCCUGUGGGGCAGAGUUUGUUCACGGAUCCUAAUGUAGAAAGAUGGAGUUUAUUUCUUUGUGUUACCAAGUGGCUCGGCUGGUUUCAGAACCUGUUUGACAGCAAAAGUGUGAGGUGGGGGGAGAUUCAGUUUGGGGAUGGGGAAAAAAAUAGGCUCCAAUUAUUUUUAGGCUUGGCUGGAAAAGCUGCAGCACUUAUUGGAAGCAGGCCGGCUGCUUUGCCAGGGCUGGCUGCGUUUGCGCCCAAAUGGCGUGCAAAGCUUUGGCUUUCGUCAGGGACAGCCUGCGUGUUGCGAGAGCUGGAUCGGUGCUGACGGAGAUGCUGAUACAGCAGACUUUUAGAUAUGGCAGGGGUGGAAGCACCAGUGGGUUAGCUAGGCCCAACUGACAACUUGUCUAACUUUCCUCUGGCUUGUAGCGUGUGCAGUCCCACAAUUAGUGUAUUUCUGGAGUGUGUGCCACUGCCUUAGGGCUUGGCUACACUUACAUUUUAUAGCGCUCUAACUUGCUGGCUCAGGGGGGUGAAAAACCACCCCCCUGAGCGUAGCAAGUCUGAGUGUUUUAAAGCGCUAGUGUAGACAGGGUCCAAGCACUGGGAGCCAAACCCUUUGUGGAGGUGGAUUACCAGGAGCGCUGGGAGAGCGCUCUCCCAGCGCUCGCAUGCGACCACACUUGCACUUCAAAGCGUGCUGCGGGAGCACUUUGACGUUUCCAGUGUAGCCAUGCCCUUUGUGCUAGGUCAGUCAGUGACUCUAGGGGUUCUCCAGCUGGGGCUUGGAGCCAAGUGUUGGGCUCUGUCCUCAUCUCAGUGUUGGAAGGGGGUCUGCUGUAGGGACUUCAUAAAUACUUUCGCUCCAGCCUUAGGUCAUCUGGGUCCUGGUCUGAUUUCUAGCUCUGCCAGCCGGUGCUCUGGCUCCAGCCAUUCUCCCAGUGCAAUGGUGCUACCCUUUCUGCUUCCAAGCCACGUCGGUGAUCAGCUCUGCUUUUUCCCAGUGCUGUUCUGACCCAGUUAGCAUCUUGUACCACUUUGCACUAACAGGAACCACAGCACAAAGGUGCAGGACAGCGGUGAAUCCAGCUCCAAGUGCUGAAUGGAGCAGAGGUGGGGGUUGCUAGUGAUUUGAGAAAACAUAAAAAAAUUGUGCAAAAAAUACAGGGCAUGAUCCUGUUUCAAACCGGGGGAAGGAGGCUUUAGAACCUUCCCUGGGGUUCCUAUCCGUUUCUCACUGUACUGCAGAGUCACCAUGUUAAUGUGAGCACUGAAAUGGUACACCACAGAAAGCAUCCCAGUUUCAUCGGGGUAAAAGAAAAGCACAUUGGUUAAAGGUGACAGCCACAUUUUCUGGUCAGGAGAACUCUGAUAUCCCAUAUGCAAAGGGCAUGAGACAGCCCAGCAUGGGACUGAAGCACAAGGCUUUGUGAGACAGACUUGGAUUCUUGCAGAUUUGGAGUGGAGCACGGGGUGGGGGGAUAGUUUUUCUCCUGCGGUGUCUGAGGUCUGGGAAGUGAAUGCAGGAAGGAGCUGGGUGUGCGGAAGAGACGUGGAGGAGCUGCUGCAGCUGGGAAUGAGCCACAGAUCAGCUAAACCCGAGGGCCCUGGGUUUCAGUAGUGAUUCUGGAGGGAGCCCAGCCUGAGACUCCUCCAAUGUGACUGGAUUUUCAAAGGGCAGGUGCUCAGCAAUUCCUACAAAUCAGGCCCCUUUUAAGGGCAGCCAAAAGUUGAAGCACCCAAAAUCCUUAAUCACUGUUGAAAACUCUUGGCUAAGGAUCAUUCAUGUUAAACCUGAGACACCCAGUGUCUGAACCCUGAAUACUCUGGGUUAUGUCAUGUCAGUGGAAGGCACCUUGAAGCAGCUUGUCUCUUUAAUGCCGCAAAAGCCUUCAAAGCGACUAAAGGCCUACAUUUUGCAUCUGGUGCUAGGUUCACUGCCGUGGCAAGUGGGUGUGAAAUACUGCUGGGUCCUUGCUUGCACUCGGAUAAAAUUGCUACAUGAGGCUGAUGGAACCAGGCCCAAAGCAUUCAAGGUUCCAGUCCCCCUCUGUGCGAUUGGAUUCAGGCUCAGUUGGCGCUUUGGUCAGUGCCUGUUGUGUGAUCAGUUUUCGGAAUUGCCAUGGGGGCUGUUAAAAAUGCUGAGCUCGGCCUUCAUUCUGCACUUCCUGUUCAGCUUGUGGUUAGCAGUGUGGGAGGGGCCGGGGGAGAAAAUAGUUUGCCUCUUAGCCAUUUGCAACUGCUAGUGCUUGCAUAACUGGACUCCUCCUUUUACUAGGUCAAAUGUCACAAGAAACUGCUCUAGCACAAUUGCUGCAAUGUUUUGGGUUUGCACAAUUUUUUUUUUAAACAAUAUAAACACUGCUGUGGGUUUGAGGUUUGGCUAAAAACACAGGAGGGGUGUUUUUUAAUUACACUUGGGCAACAUUUGGACCCCCUUCCUCUCAUUUUUGGAAGGCAAAGGGCUACUGUUUUGGUUUCACAGAUGCAAAUAAUGCCCCCUAGUACUUUACAAAUGAUCACCUGGUGUGUCCUCCUCCUCCUCCAGUAUAUUUCACAACAGCUGCAAGAAGACAGCUUUGUACUCUGAGGCACUUGUCCAGAUCUUCACUGAAGCUGUGCUGUUUUCAGCACCUGGAAUCACUGUUCUGUUGAUUUAGACCAGCUGAUGUUCUGGCCCAUUAUCAACAUAAAACUCCAUAUUAUUAACAUAGGUUUUGAAAAACCUACAACACUAACUAGUUGCCACGUGGAGAAUUUGGAAGAGCUGCUAUGUUUUUCACCAUUGGUCCUGUCUCAUUUUUGCAUUUACCAUUAAAGUUAACUGGUCGGUUUCCCUUUUGGGCAUCAGUUAGCUUUCUCCUCCUGAUGCUGUUGUACUGUAUUUCGGUCUCUGAAUGGCAUUUAAAUCCAAAUAACUUUAACUUUGUCACUGACUUAUUUUAUUUAAAAAUUCCAAAAAAUGUCUAUUCAUAGCAGGCUUUGUAAACCUUCCCCUUUGUUUUGUGUAGAGUGAAUUUUGGGUUCUGUGCAUCAGUGUUCCUUUCAUUCCAGCUUUCUUCUGUGUUUAAUUCUAGAAGUCUGUGGAGUGAGAUCCAUAUUUUUCACUCUUGCCAAGAUUGCAUGUCUUGUUUGUCUGGUGCCAUGAUGCCUUUUGGGAUAAAAUUGCCAAAAUGUGUCUUAAACCAUGAUCCAUACAGCUGGUCUAAGAUCAUUUUAUGCCCAGCACUUUGUAAAUGUGCCUUUAAAUGCAGUGCCAUGGAAGGAAAUGGACUGAAAUGUAUUUUCUCUGGUAGCCAGUAUUCAAAUCAUUCUAAUGUUACCUGGAGGAAUUGUGCUUUUCCAGGCUGGAUUCUGCCCUCAAAAAGACCUGAGUUUGUAAUGGAGAAUCAAGCCAAUAAUUAUGCACAUCUGUCUGAACUGUAUCAUUCUGUCUUGUGCUCAUUGUAUCUUGUAUCUGGAAGUGUUGAUUCUUUUAUGUGAUGCGUGUGUUUGAUUCCCCUGAACUGGAAAUGUCAUACCUAUCAACAAUAUGCAACACAAAAAAUGGCCUUCUCUUUUUACUGAUUUCUGUGUGGAUUUCAUUUUUAGAAGGAAAAAAAAUUGUGUACAUACUAAUAUUUUUCUUUUGUAUGCUACAGAUCACUCUUAUAAUAAAGAGGCUGUUUUCAACAAA